AAUGCGCUGUAUUACAAGACCAUGCAUUUUUUGUGGGAAGAAUGAAUCUCUCCAUUUUUGUACUAUGGAGAACAAGACCAUGCGCGAUACGAAGGGAAUAAAAUAAAAGAUACCAUAUCUUCCUCGUACAGAGAUGGAUCAAACAGUUUCAGAUUAUGGUAAGCCUCUUCAUGUUGUGAUGUUCCCAUGGCUAGCCAUGGGUCACGUGUACCCCUGCUUCGAGGUUUCCAAGAUCCUUGCACAAAAGGGUCACUAUACCACUCUGGUAUCCACCCCUAAGAUCAUAGAUCGCUUACCUAAACUCUCUCAAACCUUAACACCAUUUGUUAAGCUAACCAAAUUGCCCUUGUCUCCCCACACCGACCAAAACCAUCUCCCACAAGAUGCAGACUCUACAAUGGACAUUCCCUCCGACAAACUCUAUUACCUCAAAUUAGCCUACGAUGCUCUCCAACAACCUAUGGCUCAACUACUCAAAACUUCAAAUCCUGAUUGGGUUUUCUAUGAUUUUGCAGCCAGCUGGAUACCCCAACUGGCCAAAAGCCUCCACAUUCCCUGUGCCUAUUUCAGUCCCUGCCCUGCCUGGAGCAUAUGCUUCUUUGACACACCAAAACAACAACUUGGUGAAGCUGCUGCCGACAGACCAAACCCUGAAGACUACUACGGCCCUCCCAAGUGGGUUCCUUUCCCCACAAACAUCGGCCUAAGACCAUACGAGGUGAGGAAGUUGUUAGAAGAUGUCAAAGUUAACGAGACCGGUGCCUCCCCUGUUUUUGAUCUGAAUGAAGCAAAUUCUGGUUGUGACAUGUUUGUCAUCAGAAGCUCAAGAGAUCUUGAGCAAGAGUGGUUGGAUUAUCUGGCCGAGUUUUACCACAAGCCUGUGGUUCCUGUGGGGUUGCUUCCACCGAUGCAAGUAAUGGAUUCUGAAGAGGGAGACAAUAGCCCCGAUUGGCUUAAAAUCAAGGCGUGGUUAGAUACCCAGGAAGGGUCAUCAGUGGUUUACAUUGCAUUUGGGAGUGAGGUGAAACUGAGCCAAGAAAACCUCACUGAAUUGGGUCUUGGCAUUGAGCUUUCUGGUUUGUCUUUCUUCUGGGUUCUGAGGAAGGGGUCAGUCGAGCUGCUGCCAGAUGGGUUUGAGGAUCGGAUCAAAGAUCGUGGGGUUGUGUGGAAAACAUGGGCACCCCAGCCUAAGAUCUUGGCUCAUAGCUCGGUUGGAGGUUGCUUGACUCACUGUGGUUCUGGUUCAAUGAUCGAAAAUCUGUACUUUGGACACGUCCUUGUGAUGUUGCCCUUCUUACUAGACCAAGCACUGUAUUCAAGAGUGAUGGAAGAGAAGAAAGUGGGAAUCGAGAUUCCAAGAAACCCGCAAGAUGGAUCGUUCACAAGGACCUCCGUGGCGAAGGCAUUGAAAUUGGCAAUGGUGGAUCAUGAGGGAAGUGCUUACAGGAAAAACGCUAAAGAGAUCGGCAAGAAAUUUAGCAACAAAGACCUCCAUAACCAAUACAUUCAAGAUUUCAUUGUUUCCCUUCAAAAUUCAGGUAUACAGAGCAAGUAAAUGGAUAUGUAUUUGAUCAUUUUAGCUAUUACAGCUCUUUCUCCUUACCUAAACUUCACCAUUUUCUUGCUUUCAAAUAAACUCAUUCA